ACACAUCAUAGUAUAUUUCCCGAACUAGUGAAUUCAACUAAAAAAGCCGCAUAAACUAAUAGAAAAUAAAGCAAUAAUUGUAGAAUUUGGUAAAAAAAAACUAUGCUGCAAGCACUGUACGAUCUGCCAUUUAAUUUUUUGGUACCACCAAAUCUUAAAUUACGCAUACAAAUACCGAAUCCCUCACCUUUCUUUAUAUUCAGCUGGAUUUUGGUUUCCUACUUUCUUGUAACAGGAGGUAUCAUAUAUGAUGUCAUUGUGGAACCGCCUAGUGUUGGAGCUACAGUAGAUGAAAAUGGGCAUUCACGUCCAGUUGCUUUUAUGCCCUAUCGGGUUAAUGGACAAUACAUCAUGGAGGGUUUAGCUAGCUCUUUUCUCUUCACAAUUGGUGGUAUUGGUUUUAUAAUUAUGGAUCAAACACAUACUCCGGGAAAAACUAAGCUUAAUCGACUUUUGUUGUCCUCCAUGGGAUUUAUUUUCAUCUUGGUAUCGUUUUUCACAACUUGGUUGUUUAUGCGCAUGAAAUUGCCAAGUUAUUUGCAAGCAUAAUUCAUUGGUAUCCGCAUUGGAAUCUCAUACUUUUUAAGUCAGUAUUUUAUUUGAUAUUUGAUACACAGUACACUAUGCACAGUGGUACUAAAUAUAUGUUCAUUCCUUAAGAGA